CCUCCCAUUCCACUUCAGCUGCACAUUCACACCUGAGGAGCUCUUAAUAUUCUCUCAGAGACUGCCGGGGAGAGGAGACGAUGGCUUCCAUGGGGAUGCAGAUGGCCGGCUGUGCCCUGGCCAUUUUUGGCUGGAUUGGGGUGCUCAUCGUCUGCGCUACACCCACGUGGCGGGUCACGGCCUUCAUUGGCAACAACAUAGUGACAUCGCAGACCAUAUGGGAGGGCAUCUGGAUGAGCUGCGUGGUUCAGAGUACGGGCCAGAUGCAGUGCAAGGUGUACGACUCCAUGCUGGCCUUGAGCACAGACCUCCAGGGGGCCCGUGCUCUGGUGGUGGUUUCCAUUAUCACAGGCAUCGCAGGGAUCCUAAUCGCCUUCGCUGGUGGAAAGUGCACCAACUUCAUUCCAGACGCGAGGGCCAAGGCGAGGGCUUCAGUGGCAGCAGGGGUGAUAUUGAUCAUCAGUGGAUUCCUCUGCCUCAUCCCCGUUUCCUGGACUGCCAGCAUUAUUAUCAGGAACUUCUACAACCCUGUGGUCGUAGAUGCCCAGAAAAGAGAGCUGGGGGCAUCUCUUUACAUCGGCUGGGGAGCCGGGGGACUGCUGGUCCUGGGAGGGGCUCUUCUAUGCGCCAGCUGCCCCCCGAAGGAAGAUUAUGCCCCUUCUGUGAAGUAUCUCAUAAACAAAGAAAACAGCCGAGUGGAUUCAUUCCGAUCUGCGACACCGACAAAAACCUACAUUUGAGUUUUCUAAAGGGACUCGUUUAGCUCUGGUUGAUGACUGUCUGUCUUUGUCUUCAAGAUAUAAAAGAAGUUUGGUGUUUAUGAGCUACUGUGAUGCAUCAAGAAAAAGGACUUGCACACAAACAACCGAAAAUGAAGGAAAUCUGCACUUUGGAUUUGUACUCUGAAUGAAGCUCCCUGUCUGAGAAUGCUUUACUCUUGGUAAUAUGUGGGGAUAACCGUUUAAAUUAUAGAAACUCUUUGUUUUGUAUUUGUGGGAAAGCGGCUGGUUUCAGUUGAAUUUUUUUCUUUUUAUUGCACUAUGUAGCUUUUUGUUAUUUGAUAUGUGCGAUUUCUUUUUUUUUCCACAAUAAAUGAGCUUACCUACAA